UCUUACCCGAGAGGAUAGCCAAAGAGCUCUCUCUCUCUCUCUCUCCAUUUAUAUUAUAUAAUAUACAUCUACUAUCAUCCAUUGAGAUGUAAAUUCCAUCUCCUCAUACCACACUUCUUUCUCUAUUCCUUUGAUUCACACUCAUUAUAUAUUUGCCAAUUGAACCUACAGUGAAUUUGGAGAACAAACAAAAAAAGGGAGAGGAAAAGAGAGGGCCUUUAGCCCUCUGCUCUUGAUAUUCUUCCUCUCAGAUCUUGAAUUCUAUUCAUUUCUCAUCUGGGUCUUGCUCAAUUGGUAAUUUGCGGCUAACAUUUUCCAAAAAAGUUGAUCUUUUUGUGAAUUCUAAGUGCUACUUCAAUUUUCUUCGUGAUUUCCGGGAAUCUGGAUUGUGAGUUGAUCGGUUUUCGAUCUGUAAAUGAUCUGAUGUUCACCAAUUGAAUCAAAGAUUACCCAUUUCCAAUCUAAUUAUAAGAAACUUCAGGUUUCUGAUAAAUAUUUUGAGAAGAAUGGAAAUUGAGCUUGGCAAGUUGUUCAUUGGUGGAAUAUCUUGGGACACCAAUGAAGACCGUUUAAAAGAGUAUUUCCAACAUUUUGGUGAAGUAGUGGAAGCUGUGAUAAUGAAAGAUCGGGCUACAGGCCGUGCCCGUGGUUUUGGUUUCAUUGUUUUUGCUGACCCUGCUGUUGCAGAGAGAGUUGUUAAGGAGAAGCACAUGAUAGAUGGUAGAACUGUUGAGGCAAAGAAGGCUGUUCCUAGGGACGAUCAACAUAUUAUGAACAGAAACAAUGGCAGCAUCCAGGGGUCACCAGGUCCAGCUCGAACAAAGAAGAUAUUUGUAGGAGGUUUAGCAUCCACAGUCACAGAGAGUGAUUUUAAGCAAUACUUUGAUCAAUUUGGGACAAUCACAGAUGUUGUGGUGAUGUAUGACCACAACACCCAAAGGCCCAGAGGUUUUGGAUUCAUCACUUAUGAUUCAGAGGAAGCAGUAGAUAAAGUUCUGCUCAAAACCUUUCAUGAACUCAAUGGGAAAAUGGUUGAGGUCAAGCGAGCUGUUCCCAAGGAGUUAUCUCCAGGGCCUACUCGUAGCCAGUUGAGUGGAUAUAACUAUAGUCCAAACAGGGGAAGUAGUUUCCUCAAUGCCUACACUCAGGGUUAUAAUCCAAGCUCAUUUGGAGGCUAUGGAAUAAGAAUGGAUGGUAGAUAUAGCCCAGUUACAGUUGGUCGGAAUGGAUAUCCACCAUUUAGUCCUUCCAGUUAUGGUGGGGGACUGAAUUUUGAGCCAGGGUUGAGUUCAAACUAUGGGGGUGGUGGAAACUUUAGUUCUAAUGUUGGAUAUGGCCGUGGAUUGAACCCUUUUUAUAGUGGGAGUUCAAAUAGGAAUGGCAGUCCCAUGGGGUAUGGCGGGGGUACUGGUUCUGUUUCAAGUUCAACAAUUCGGAAUAUGUGGGGGAAUGGGAAUUUGAACUAUUCUACUAACUCUGUAAACUCUAGUGAUUUCAGGGGCUCUGGAACUGGGAGUACUGGAUCAGUUGGACCUUUUGGCAAUAUUGGAGCAAUUUGGGGUUCCUCUCCUAUCUCAGGUCAAGGUGGAGGGGCUGGUUCUGCCUUUAGACGCAGCAAUGUCAGCUAUGGGAGUGCUGAAAACAGUUUUGGGUCGGGCGGGGGAGGCUAUGGAAGAAACAUUGUAAGCAGCAUGGCUCCAACGUCAUCAUAUGCUGCAACGACUGAUAUUAAUGAUGGGAUUUUUGGAAACUUCUAUGGUGAUGGCUCAUUUUAUGGGGACCCCACUUGGCGUUCAUCAUCUCCAGAGCUAGAGGACUCUAGCUCUUUUGCUUAUGGGCUUGGGAAUGCAGCUUUAGAUGGUACGCCAAAAAAUUCUGCUGGUUAUGUUGGUAAUUUUACUGUUACCAAUAGAUCAAAUAGAGGAAUUGCUGCGUAGGAAGAUUACUCUACGGCUAUAACAAGGUUAUUGUAGGCAAAAUUUAUCGGGUGAGUCAACUUGGAGUCUGUGAAUUACUCAUAUCCACUCGGCAAGAUACUUCAGUUUAGAAGUACAUUUCACUAGAGCUAAUUGGAGCACUUGUUUCAUAGAACUCAUCAAAGAGCAGUUACAAAGGAUUUCUUGUAAGGUUUGAGCUUGAGUUUUUCAGCAUAGGUUUUCUUUCUUUGAAUUUGAUUGAGAUGUAAAUCGGAUUGCGGGAUAUACUUGGGUACUAUUGUAUCAUGCAUCUCUGGUGACAUCAUGAUACAUAAAAAGCGGAGAACUUUUUCCCCUAUUAUUCUGCUUUAAUGACCAGCAAAGCUACUGGUUCUUGUCAGUUAUGUUGUUUUAUAUUUCUUUCCCUUCCUGGGAUUUGUUAUUGACAGGUUGUAUGAAAUGUUUGUCAAUUGAUUAGAGUGAGAACUCUAAGUGGAUGCUCUGCUGAGGUUGCAAAAACAAGUUACUGAAUAUUGAUUGUUUUUUCAUGAGAAAUUCUAUUUCCU